AUGUCUACCAAAACCACCAUCAGGAGUCAAAUGAGCCACCGUGGCUACAGUGCCAGCUCAGCCAUAUUGCCUGGGCUCAACCGCUCUGGCUUCAGCAGUGUGUCCGUGUGCCGCUCCCGGGGCAGCGGUGGCUCCGGUGCAAUGUGUGGAGGAGCUGGCUUUGGCAGCAGGAGCCUCUAUGGUGUGGGGAGCUCCAAGAGGAUCUCCAUUGGAGGGGGCAGCUGUGGCAUUGGAGGAGGCUAUGGCAGCCGAUUUGGAGGAGGCUUCGGCACUGGAGGUGGAGCUGGUAGUGGCUUUGGCUUCGGUGGUGGAGCUGGCUUUGGUGGUGGCUAUGGAAGACCUGCCUUCCCAGUGAGCCCACCUGGAGGCAUCCAAGAGAUCACCAUCAACAAGAGCCUCCUUAAUCCCCUGGACCUGCAAAUAGACCCCACCAUCCAGCGGGUCAGGACUGAGGAACGGGAGCAGAUCAAGACCCUCAACAACAAGUUUGCCUCCUUCAUUGAAAAGGUGCGGAUCCUGGAACAGCAGAACAAGGUCCUGGAAACCAAGUGGGCCCUUCUUCAGGAGCAGGGCACCAAGAACCUGAGGCCUGAAUUGGAGACAAUGUUUGAGCAGUACAUCAGCAACCUCCGCAGACAAAUGGACAGUAUCACUGGAGAGAGGGGUUGCCUGGACUCAGAGCUAAGGCACAUGCAGGACAUGGUGGAGGACUACAAGAGCAAAUAUGAAGAUGAAAUCAAUAGUCGUAAAAAAGCAGAGAAUGAAUUUGUGAUCCAGAAGAAGGAUGUAGAUGCCGCCUACAUGACCAAGGUUGAACUGCAAGCCAAGGCAGACAGUCUUGCAGAUGAGAUCAACUUCCUGAGAGUUAUUUUUGAAGCAGAACUGUCUCAGGUACAAACUGACAUCUCAGAUACAACUGUGGUCCUCUCCAUGGACAACAACCGUAGCCUGGACUUGGACAGCAUUGCAGAGGUCAAGGCCAAGUAUGAAGACAUUGUUCAGAGAAGUCAGGCAGAAGCUGAGACUUUGUACCAGACUAAAUAUGAGGAGCUGCAGGUCACAGCUGGCAGACAUGGGGACGACCUGCGAAACACCAAGCAGGAGAUCGCUGAGAUCAACCGCAUGAUCCAGAGGCUGAAAGCUGAGAUUGACAACAUUAAGAAGCAGGUUUCCAAACUGCAAGCAGAUAUUGCUGAUGCUGAGCGACGUGGGGAGAUGGCCCUGAACGAUGCCAGGGGCAAGAUGGAAGGGAUGGAGGAUGCCCUGCAGAAGGCCAAACAGGACAUGCCCAGGCUGCUGAAUGAAUACCAGGAGCUCAUGAAUGCCAAGCUGUGCCUUGAUGUGGAAAUUGCCGCCUAUAGGGCAAUUCUGGAAGAAGAGGAGUACAGGUUCAGUGGUGAAGGUAUUGGACCAGCCAACAUCUCUGUGAAGCAGCAGUCCACUGUGUCCAGAGGGUAUGGCAGCACAGGUGGUGCCAGCAGUAGCUUACGCCUGGGUGGGGACAGCAGCCAUUCCUAUGCCAGUGUCCAUGGUAGGUGUGGCUUCACUGCUGGAAGUGGCAGAGUCAUCAGAGGUGGCCUCAACUCCUCUGGUGGCAAUCCUUCCACCAUCAAAUACACUACUGCCUCCUAUAGUAGGAAGUGCUAA